UAAUGUUAAGGACGUCAAAACGUGGGAAGCAUGAAAAUCUACCAUUAAAUUUUGAUUUGGAAACUUCAUUUUGAGUUUCAUUUUCCAGUGGACCUCCACAUGUUUGGCGUUAGGUUGUGGCAAAGCAACCCGUUUGUAGAUUACUGGGUCUCACCCUAAGAUCAUAUUGGUAGAGUACAUAAAGGCUUUAACAAAUUUCAUAUCUUUUAUUUGCAAUAAAAUUUGCUUGUACGCUUAGACCACCAUUGCUGAAGAUCAAUCCAAGAUCUUGUUUUGUCAGUAAAUGUUCCUUUUGCAGACAAGAGUAUGAAUGAAAGGUCUCUGUAGAGUUAUAUUUGGAAUUAACCAAUUUACUUUACCCUGAAGCUACAUUUUGGAAGAUUUCUGGUUUCAUUUCACCUCAAAAAGAGACUUGUCAGUUUCUUUCUCGUGACCAUUAGUGUCGUCUUUUCUUCUUUGUUUAGCAGUUGUAUAAAGACAAAAACUCCUUUGCUCAGGCUCGUGGAUAACUGCUUAAACCUUCUCAGCUUAUAAAAAUAUAAGCUCAGAUUCUUCUUUCCUCCACAUUGUGUAUGUGUACGAGUGAGAGAGAGAGAGAGAGAGAGAGAGAGAGAGAGAGAGGGAGACAAAGAUGAAGCAUUUAUUUGUGGCUCUGCUUUUGACCAUUUUGGUUCAGCAACAGUGUUUUCAGAUUUAUGUAGAAGCAGGUGAUGGUUUUAUCAGAACCAACGGAGUACAUUUUCUGCUCAAUGGUUACCCUUACUAUGCAAACGGCUUCAAUGCCUACUGGUUGAUGUAUAUAGCUUCUGACCCAUCUCAGAGGUACAAAGUCUCAGCUGCUUUUCGUGAAGCCUCUAGUCAUGGCCUCUCUGUGGCCAGAACUUGGGCUUUCAGUGAUGGAGGUUACAGGCCUCUUCAAUACUCCCCUGGAUCCUAUAACGAGCAAAUGUUUAAGGGGUUGGAUUUCGUCAUAGCUGAGGCUAGAAAGCACGGAAUCAAGCUUAUCUUGAGCUUGGCCAACAACUAUGAAAGCUUUGGAGGGAAGAAGCAAUAUGUGAAUUGGGCUAGAAGUCAAGGUCAGUAUCUGACAUCUGAUGACGAUUUCUUCAGAAAUCCUGUUGUUAAAGGUUUCUACAAGAACCAUAUAAAUACUGUUCUUAACAGGUACAACAGUUUUACUGGAAUCCAUUACAAAAAUGACCCAACAAUUAUGGCUUGGGAGCUUAUGAAUGAGCCUAGAUGCCAAUCUGAUCCUCUAGGAGGAACUAUUCAGGCUUGGAUAACAGAAAUGGCUUCCCAUGUGAAGUCAAUAGACAGAAAUCACUUACUGGAAGCUGGUUUGGAAGGAUUUUAUGGUCAAUCAACACCUCAGAGGAAAUCACUCAAUCCUGCAGGUUUCAAUAUAGGGACAGAUUUCAUUGCAAAUAAUCGGAUUCCCGGCAUUGAUUUCGCAACGGCUCACUCUUAUCCUGAUCAAUGGUUGUCUAGCUCCAAUGAUCAAGCUCAACUAUCGUUCUUGAACAAUUGGCUCAACAGCCAUAUCCAAGAUGCACAAUACAUUCUUCGAAAGCCAUUGCUAAUCACAGAAUUUGGGAAAUCAUGGAAAGAUCCAGGUUACAGCACAUACCAGAGAGACCUACUCUUUAACACUGUGUACUACAAGAUAUAUUUAUCAGCUAAAAGAGGAGGAGCUGCUGCUGGUGGACUAUUCUGGCAACUUUUAACUGAAGGAAUGGACGCCUUCGGUGAUGGGUACGAAAUAGUUCUUAGCCAGAGCCCGUCAACUGCAAAUGUAAUUGCUCAACAGUCACACAAGCUCUAUCAGAUUAGGAGGAUUUUUGCCAGGAUGAGAAAUAUACAGAAAUGGAAGAGGGCAAGGGCCGCUAGAAGGGAUCAGUGGCGGGGUGGAAAUAGAGGCAAACGCAUAGGAAACUGAGAAAAAUGGAUUACAAAAAAGAAAAAAUGGACAUGUCCGAAUGAUAAAGUAGAUUGAUUUCACCAAACUUACCGAAGUUUUCUACUUUUUUUUAAAAGUGGUUUUUCUCCUAGAGAUGAACAUCUUUCGUCCAGGAGAGAAGCUUGCAUUACUAGAAUUUUUUUUUUUUUUCCUUUUUGGGGUGUAUUUUAAUUCACAUAUAUGUGUAUUUACGUUGAAGUUUGUAAAAUGAACUCUUUGCAUCGAUCUGCCAACUGGAGUGUUUGAAACUUGUAUUGUCUUGCAACAUAUUUCGUGGUAUUAGUGGUUUUACAAAAUGAAACAUAUUAAUAUUGUUUA